GUAAAUAUUUGGCAUUGUCUUCUCCAUUCCACACAUUUUCUGGUUAUAAGAAGGAAAGUUUUGAUGAAUGAGUUGACUUGAAUAAGAUUAUUUCUGGGGAUGAUGCCAGAUUUGAGCAUUCAGACUUCUCGCUCUGUGUAAAAGUUGUUAUUAAAGGAGGCGUGAGUUCUGCGGGCCUGUUUAUCUGACUAGGAUGUAUAAAUCCUGGUGGUUUGAAGAUUUUGGAAACAGUCAUUUGAAUCUACUAAGCAACAACAAAGAAAACGUGAGAAUUACCUGAAUUUGGGGAAUGAGGGAGCAGUCGUAGUGCUCGUAUCUCCCAACUAGAAGGGUCCUUAUUCCAGGUUCCAAGCCACAGUCACCCCCAGUGUGAAGAUUUGGCAAAAUCAACAGAGGAAUUAACAAAGAAUCUGCUGCAGACCCAAGUACAAGUGGGAGAAACUGAAAGAAAAAGAUCCAGAUGUCAAGGAGAGGGGAGUACAUCUGAUACACCCAUAAAGGACAUUUAAGUAUGGAUGGACACAAAGAGAAGAUUUCUGAAGAAACUGCAGCACUGCUGAGCAGACUUCACCUUCCACACGAACACCAACAGAAGUUCACACCGGGACAGUUUUUGGAAAUAAGUCCACCUGUAAACCAGCACUGUGAAACAUCUGAGAAAGACCUAGCUCAUGCAUUUCUUCAGAGGUUACUAAUGUUAGACUACAGAGCCAGAUACAUUUCUGUUGAAAACGACAGCACUGAGGUGAGUGAGUCAGAUCAGGUUGGAGGGUUUCAGACUCAGACAGGAAACAGUGACUUCCAAGCAUUCUUAAGGAGCAGUGUAAAGUCAGGUCAAACAAAACAGACUCAUGUACAUCCAAUGGAUGUCCAAAUGGCAGUAUUUCACUGUUCAGACAGCUUCCUCAGGCAGACCAUAGUUACUAAACUGUCCCAGUGUCAGUAUGCGUUACCUUUGCUUGUGCCUGAUCCAGUCACUGCUGCUAUCGAGUGUCCUCUGUGGACAUUCAGACAAAUAAGAAAAAGCUGGAAAAAAACACAGUUAGGAGAUUCAAACACUGUGACAAUGAAUAGUUUGCCAAUCUACAAAGUUGAGACACCUUUAGUGUCUUUUGUACGACUUGGUUCAACAACACAAUCCAAAUCUCAGCUAAUGAACGCUUUAAUUAAUGACCGCCACAGCACCUUCUUCCACAGGAACUCUCCAGGCAGCACAAAAUCUCAUUAUUUGAUGGAUGGUGUGGCAGAGAUUGCCUGGUAUUGCCCUGCUGGGAAACCCAACGAUGCAUUCAAUGACUGCAUUGCCUUCUGUAAUCUUCAUGGAGAUGCUAUGAAGUUUGAAAAACAACAUGAUACACUAAUCGAAAAAUCUUCAGUCACUGUAGUUCUUGUAUCCAGUGUGGAAGACAGUAACAGUAAUCUGCUAUCAGUGCUCUCAGCACUUUUUGAGUCUCAGAAGCCCCUCAUUUGUCUCUUUGUCAACGAUGAAUGUGAUUCCGUUGAAAUAAAAACGGGGAAAUACAAAAUGGGCCUGAAAGACAGAAGUCAGUCCAGUGUGUUUAAAGCACUGAAAAUAAUGAUUGGAAACAUUUUGCGUGGACCACAUGUGUCCUUCCAGCUUGAAACCAUGGCCAAAGUCUCUGGAAUCAGGGUGGAUGAGGAUAAUAAAAUCUGUCAAAAAGGUAAAGAUGCCGCAACAAAAUUGAUGAAUUUGCUUCAGGGAAUGAAAAUCUCAGAGGUUAAAAAUAAAUUUCUGCCAUGUCAAGGCCAUCUGUUGCGUGAUUGGUGCAGAGUAAACAAAGAACAUUAUCAUCUUACUGGACAUGUUGAGGACCAGAAAUGUAAAAAUCAAGAAGAACUGAUGCAAAUACGACAAAAACAAUGUGAUGCCUCCUUUGGUGACCUCAUUAAGCUGUUCACUGAAAGUCUUGAAUCUCUCACAACAGUAGAGAGAAAAUAUUUUCUUAAAUGGACUCAAAUCUUAAUGGACGAUCUCUCCACUGAUGAAAUCUCCUCACUUCUUCAAAUGUAUGAUGAUAAAUGGUCUGAGGUUUUGGCUUUGAAGAAGAAACAUGAUAAAUAUGAUCAGCUAAAUAUCAAACAAGCUGAACUUGAUAAAAUAUCAGAAAAACUUCAGUCAGCUACGUUUGGAUUAGAGCACAUCUUCAGAGAAAUGGGACAGAUCUAUGAAGCUCAUGCAUCUCGGCAGAAAAUGCCAAAUGGAAGCACUGAUUGGUCCAAGUACCCCGAGCUGGCUGCAGAACUCAUGAUAUCAGGACAACCAAUGGAGCUGAUGGAUGGUGAUGCAGGUCACGUUCCUUUAAAAUGGAUCAAGAGCCUGUUUGAGGAAGUCAUCAAGAAACUGGGUGACAUCAGAAUUUUUGUUUUGUCAGUUCUGGGCAUCCAAAGCAGUGGAAAAUCAACAAUGCUGAACUCCAUGUUUGGAUUACAGUUUGCAGUAAGUGCUGGCAGGUGCACCAAGGGUGCCUUCAUGCAGCUGCUGAAGGUGUCAGAAGACAUGAAGAAAGACUUCAAAUUUGACUUUAUACUUGUGGUGGACACUGAAGGACUCCGCGCUCUUGAAUUGGCGGGCAGCAGCACUCUUCACCAUGACAAUGAACUGGCAACAUUUGUCAUUGGUCUGGCAAAUAUGACACUGAUCAAUAUCUUUGGAGAGAAUCCCGCUGAUAUGCAAGAUGUUCUGCAGAUUGUUGUUCAGGCUUUCAUGAGAAUGAAGAAAGUCAAACUGUCUCCGAGUUGUGUAUUUGUUCACCAGAAUGUUACCGAUAUUUCAGCUGCAAAGAAAAAUAUGGAAGGAAAAAGAUGCCUCCAAGAAAAACUGGACCAAAUGGCCCAACUAGCUGCUAAGGAGGAGGGAUGUGACUCAGAGUGCUUCAGUGAUGUCAUUGCAUUUGAUGUUCAAAAAGAUGUGAAAUACUUUGCCCAACUGUGGGAAGGAAGUCCACCCAUGGCCCCUCCAAAUCCAGGUUACAGUGAGAGCAUCCAAGACCUGAAGAAGUUCAUCAUCUCAAAGGCCUCAGAUUCUGCUGGAAUGACUCUCUCAAACUUCACAAGCAACAUUCAUGACUUGUGGGAUGCUCUACUGAAUGAAAACUUUGUUUUCAGCUUCAAAAAUACAUAUGAAAUUGCAGUAUACAGAAAGCUUGAGGUCCAGUAUGGGACCUGGACCUGGGCCUUGAGGAGCAACAUGCUGACUGUCGAGAACCAACUUUACAACAAAAUUGAAAAUGGAAACCUUCAGAAAGUUGAGCUCAGUUUUCUCUAUGAAGAAAUGAGGAAAUCAUUUGAAGAAAUCCAAACUAACAUGAAAACAUACUUCAGUGACAACAGAGAUAAAGAAAUUUUGUCACAGUGGAGAGGUCGAUUUGAACAGAAAAUCAAGGAAUUUCAUGAGGAGCAAGUGAAAGGAGUUCAACGCAAACUGGAUGAGGUCCUCCAACAGAAGGAAGCAUGCAAAAAACUUGAUGAUAAGAACACUGACUUUGAGAGCACGUUGCUGCAAAAGAGCAAAGAGCUUGCUCAUCAGCUGAAAGACAAAGCUAAAGAUAAAGAGGAACUGAAAAACCACUUUGACCGUGUUUGGGAAGAGUGGGUCACUGAAUUAACUAGAAAUACACGACCCAUUGAGGACAUCAACUUAGGAGAAGAUGUCAAGUCUGUUCUUGUUGAAAGCUUUGGUUUUGAUCAUUGUGUCAUAGAAAAAAGGAAAAAAAUACCAUGGUACAAGUUCAAAUCAGAUCUGGUGGAUUACAGUUCUUAUGUUACCCCCCACAAAUUGUGCCAAAAACAAUUGACUGAGGUUAACACUGAAAAAUUUACUCUUCCAUGUGAAGUGAAUCAGCUGUUCAGGUCAUUUAUUACAAACGUUGAGAAAGACGGCCUUGCCAUCAUGAAGAGCAAACCUGUAGCUACAAGAGGCUACAGUUCUGCUUACUUGCAAGAAGUUGCCAAAAACGUCAAAGAACAAGUGGAUCCAUUUGAAAAGAGGAUCUCAAAGGAAUAUGUUCUCAAGAGGGACUUCACAGUUGAUCUCUUACUGUACGUGUUUCACAGAGCAGAGGAUUGGCUUUUAGACUCUCACAGGAAAUUCAAGAUGAAAUAUGAUGCUCGCAUAUAUGUUCAAAGUAAAAAAGAGCAAUAUUAUGGAAUAUUUCAGAGCUUUUGUAAAGGUAACUCAUCUGCUGUUGUGUUUGGGGAACUGAUUUGUGAAAAACUGAAGGAUUCUACAGUUCAGGCCGUUUGUAACAAAACUGCCAUUGGACUUGCUGGAGAGAUGAAAUGCAGUUUGGAACCAUUCAGUGGAAACAGGCUGAACCUGGAGAAACACGUGUUGAAGACACUGGCAGAGAGAGAAGAUUUUGAUGGUUACAAAAACUAUAUCACACACCCAAAGGAAGAAGUAGAAAAAUUUAUAAGAGAUGAGGUGAAGAAAUACAUCUUCAUUACAAACAAAGAAAAAACUCAGAGUAUCGUCAAGAAAAACACUGAAGACUUGGGUAAACUUGUGAGUCAAGCACUGUUUGAUGCCACAGAGAAAGUGAAAACUGAGGAAGGAGAUGCUGAAAUGUGGCUGAAAGAAUUUUCCAGAUUGCUGAAUGAUGAGCUCACAUGUGACAAGAUAUGUUGUCAAAACUUCAGUGAUAUCAAAGAAUUUGACUUUCUUAAAGAGGUGAUUGAUGAAGGCCUUCUAUCCAUCAUCAGUGAAGUGAAAAACCUCUCCCUGGAUAAGAUGGAGGAAUUCAGACUCAAACCUGAUCAAAUCCUCAUCGACCAGCUUUGUAAGUGCUGCUGGGUCCAGUGUCCAUUCUGUGCAGCUGUUUGUACAAACACCCUGGAAGAUCAUAGUCCUGAAGAUCAUUCUGUCUCCUUUCAUCGGCCAUCUGGGAUCAAAGGAUGGCAUUGCAGAGGCACAGUGGAAAUGGGCAUCAAUUUCUGCACAACAAAUGUUGAAAGUGAUGGAAAGUUCUACCCUCAUCGUGAUUCAGAUGUUCUCAUUCCCUACAAACAGUACAGAACUGCUGGUCCAAAUUUUGCUAAUUGGAAAAUUACACAUGAUGAAUCUAAACUCACAUACUGGAAAUGGGUUGUAUGUCGAUUUCAAGAGGACCUGGAAGAACAUUACAAAUUAAAAUUUGAGGGCCGUGGGCGAAUUCCCAAAGAGUGGAAAAAACAUACGAAAGCAGAAGCAAUUCAAAGUCUGGAUGAAAUGUAAACAAAAAAAAAAACAAAAAAAAAAACACAAUUGUACAUUUGUGUUUUUAUGCAAUAAUAAAAAAAAAUUCAGUCCUUGAAACCUUGA